UCAGGUUGGGCAGUAAGGGUCGGAGAAGGGCAAUUACUCAUUCUUAAAACCAGUAUUCUUAAGACCAAAGAGUGGGGCGGAAAAAGGGGGCGGGGGGAAGCUCUCCAUUCCUGGUUUUCCUGUAGCUGGAUCCUCCGGAACCACAAGAAUCCUUAG